GAAUACGUUGUGUUUAAAAAUACUGGACUAUGGAGUGGAGUACGGAGACGGCAUUAAAGUUAAUAGAGUGUUAUCGCGAACGGGAAUGUUUAUGGGACCCUACGAACUGCGAUUAUAAAAACAAAUUGAAAAGAUUAGACGCUUGGAGGGAAAUAAGUGAGCUGUUAGAAAGAAAUGUGAACGAUGUAAGAAAGAAAAUGGAGUCUUUACUGACAUCUUUUCGCCGUGAACGACAGAGAGAAGCGAACCAAACUGGGAGUGGUUCUGAUGAAGUAUACAGAUCGACGUGGUUUGCAUUUAGCAGUAUGGGCUUCCUGCACGAUAAAGUCGCAACGAAAAAAUCAGGAACACAGAGGAGUUUCCAUAACAGGACACUGAGGAAAGACAUAUCAACACCGAGGGGAAGCGGCAGUGCUACUGCAAAACGAAGCUAUAAUGAAGAGACAGAUGGUGAGGACAAGGGCAAUGAUGAACCAGCGACAACACCAGACAGCUGUAAGAAGUCUCGCAUCUCAGAUCCCUCUGCACCGAACCAAAGUAACCAUUCAAGGGCAGACAUGGCUUACGACUUAAAUCUGGAACUCAACGAAAAGCGAUGUCCACGUGAUGAAAGUUCUAUUUACGGGGACUAUAUUGCAGCCAAACACAGAAAAUACAGUCAGCAUACCAAAAGUGUAGUGGAGCAUUUGGUCGGACAAAUCCUUUUCAAAGCUGACAUGGGUUUAUAUGAGACGGAAUUCACUACACCGCAUCCGCAACCUCAAAAUAGGUUCUAUAAUUCUAAUAAGCAACAUGUCAGUAGCACCCACACCAGGCCAUCUCCUUCAUUGCUACAGACAUACAGUGCCCAAUCCCCAUCCCCAUCCAAUGCUUUCCAAACCAACGAUGCUGAACUACACCAAAACACUUGUACACCUACAACCGAUACACCACCACCACAGUCGAUUUAUAAAGUUUCACCAGUUCCCCCUGAAGACUCAGAUCUUUCACCGUAGUAACCAUAUACAACAAAAUGUAAAUGUAACUACAAAAUGCUCAAUUUUCUAAAAUUAGUAUCUUACUUUUUACUACAAGGGUCAUUCAAUAAUUAGACACAAAUUGAUCUGGAGAAAAAGGCGUUUAUUUUUACCAAACAAUACUUUUUCUACGUUUCAACAUAAUCCCCCUGAACAUUUAUGCAGUUGUUCCAACGGACUACAAGCUUUUUUAUUCCGGCUGCAAAGAACUCUUUAUCUUGAUGUUUGAACUAAUUUCCCACAAACUUUAUCAAGCCCUCGUUGUUCUGGAACCUUUUCCCACGUAAUGCCUCCUUUAGUUCACCAAACAAAUGGAAAUCACUAGGUGCUAAAUCAGGAUUGUAAGGGGGAUGAGGCAGUACUGUAAGUAGGCU